UCGCGCUGCUAGUGUUUAUUGUUUGUAUUGCCGUCUUUGUGAUUUGCCCUCCGUUGGUGUUUAAAAAAAGUAUAGUUGUCCCGUGUUUCUCCUUAAACAGUGAUUAUGUCUGUAGAAGAGCCCAACCUUGAAAAUGGCAAUGCCUCCGAAGCAAUGGCACCUGAGAGCCACAAGCGAAAUGACUACCUGCAUUGGGAUGACUACUUCAUGGCCACCUCAAUACUCUCCGCGAAGCGCAGCAAGGAUCCCGUCACUCAAGUUGGAGCCUGCAUCGUGGACUCGCAGAAUCGGAUAGUGGCCAUUGGCUAUAAUGGAUUUCCCCGCAACUGCAGCGACGAUGAGUUCCCUUGGUCGAAGGCAAAGAAGGGCCUUGAUGAUUAUGAUCCGCUGGAGGAUAAGACGAUGUAUGUGGUGCAUGCGGAGGCCAACGCUAUCCUCAACAGCAACGGAGCCAGUUUGACAGGAACGCGUCUCUAUACCACACUCUUCCCAUGCAACGAAUGCACCAAGCUCAUCAUACAGUCGGGCAUAUCACAGAUUCUUUAUUUAUCCGAUAAAUAUGCGGAAAAGCCCAAGUACAGGGCUUCCAAGCGGAUGCUGGACGCAGUGGGCGUGACUUACAAAAAACACCAGCCUAAACAGAAAGAGAUCAUAAUUGACUUUGACAACUUUCUGCUGGAAGAUCCUAACUCGUCACUUGGACUUAGCGAUCUCCAACUGUGAGGUGUCAAUAGUGAACGAGUCUGAAUGAUAGUUGACGAACAUUUUUAUCAAUUGUGUAAUUAUGUGAAUUAUUUAGGAACAUGACAAUCAUAGAUCAAUUUUUGAAGGAAUGUAUAUAAAGAACAUGUUUUUCUUAAUGUAUAAAAAUAAAUGUAAUAAUAAUUGACCCUCGCAGUUCUUUAAAAUAUAUAGUAACAUUUAAGACUGUUAAAGUCCUAGAUUUUUUACUCCUACAGGUUAUUAAUUUUUGUAGUUUUUUAUUCCCGCACU